GAUACAAUGCGUACAUCUCGUUUCCUUUGACUUGAUCUCUAAAUGACAAUGAUCGACAUGAGUCAUGUAAUAUAAAUAUUUUUAUGAUAUCACCUUGUUGCUAAAUAUGUUAAUAACUAAUAUACUGAACAUGUAUUAAACAUUCCACUAUUAUGGCUAGAUCUCCAUAUCGACAAAACUAUAAAUUAUUACACGGUGUCCAGAGGUACAAUUUAGCGUUCGCAAUCUCUAGUUUGUAUCCUUCUAUCACGAUGAGUUGCUCCAACAGUCACUACGAUUACAUCCCUGAGUUUGUGAGAGAUUCAUUUAAAGAUAUAGCUGAUAAUUGGGAAGUGAAUUUGUUGCGGCUAAUCAAUGACCAAUUCAAACGCAACGAGCGAAGAUUUAAACCUGUCGAUUUUGAGCCUGUUGGUAUUGCAGACACGGAGAAAAUCCUCAGAUUGGAUAAUAUCAGAUU